UCGUCAUCGGCCCGAUCCACACUCUCCCACAGUGCUUCCGUCCGAUCCGUUGCGCUUUCCACCAAAGGUCGAGGUCCCAGUGUCUUCAUCGACGAUAUCGAACGAGAAGAGUUAUGGGCCGAGUACCUUUACAGAACAGCGGCAAAGAAGGGGUGGUUCCGAAACACAGGAGGUGCAUCUGGUCUUCUCUCGCCAACUGCUGUCGGAGCAGGCGAUAUUUCCUUCGACGAAAGCAGCAUGCGUAUGAGCAGACGACUGUCCGUCUUCACGCCCGGUGUACAGCAACCAGUUGUCGUCGAAAAGGCUCUCGCAGUGGGCCAGAUCUCUCUCCGUGUACAGAAGGGUGAUUACCGUACGUUCCCACCUGCUCUCGAUGGUGGUGAAUUCGAAAUGGCAGUAGCCGGUCUCAACGUCGAAUCGGCAAUCAAGAUCACCAACAAAACACCAGCGCUCAUUCUGUCGAAGCUUCCGCCGACCGCCUUCGAGGUCGUUCUCGGAGAGAACAAUCAUAUUCAAAUUUUAGAGAAUGUUCAGAUGCUUGCACGUGGUCGUCGCAAUCAAUUCGCGGCUUUCAUCCGAGAUGAAAAGUCACUGGUCGUUUGGGACGAUGAUCCGCAAAACCUAAUCCCACGAGCGACUGAUCUGGAAAAAGAGAUCAUCGAGGCAGUAUGGUCCAAAAAGCCUGUCGUGACGGAGGAGGCUGCGGAUUUGGAGAAGGGUACCCUCAUGGGAGAGAAGAGAGAAAGGCAGCUGUUGAUUCCUGGCGUUGUCGCUUGUGCGACUGCCAUGCUGGGAACUUUCAUUGGCCUCGGAAUCCGGAGUUUGGUGAACGAGAGUUUGCAACAAGGAGGCGGGUGGGAGCGAUUCGCCAUGCUUGCGGCGGUCCCGCAUACCAUCUUCUUCUCCAUGUUCUUCACGAUGAUUGUCUGCAGUAGUAUCAUCCAGUUGUUCGGCCCGACUCAGCAACUGAACGAAAACUCACUUUCGUUCAGUGCUAAACCGCCAAGACGUGUUGCUGGUUAUCUACCGCAUAUCACCAUUCAGAUGCCGGUUUACAAGGAGUCAUUGGAAAAGGUUAUCGAUCCCACUAUCCGCUCCGUGAAAGCAGCUAUCUCCACGUACGAACUUCAAGGUGGAACUGCUUCAAUCUUUGUAAACGACGACGGUAUGCAGCUCAUCAGCGAAGACGAGGCGGACGAGAGAAUCGACUACUAUGGCGAACAAGGUAUUGGAUGGGUCGCACGCCCGCCACAUGGAACAAACGGAUUCGUCCGUGCCGGACGUUUCAAGAAAGCAUCCAACAUGAACUUUUCUCUUAACAUGUCUCUGGCCGUCGAAGCUAAGCUUGAAGGAAUCGAGCGAGGACCUGAAUGGACUGAUCAGGACGAGUACGACGCUUACGAGAAAGCACUGGAAGAAUCACAGGACGAAAUUGCGAACGGUGAAGCUUGGGCGGAGGGUGACAUCCGUAUCGGUGACUUUAUCCUUAUCAUCGAUUCCGAUACACGAGUACCCGAAGAUUGUUUCCUUGAUGCUGCGUCCGAGUUUAUGCUCUCGCCGGAAGUUGCCAUUAUCCAGCAUGCGUCUGGAGUCAUGCAGGUUGUUGACGAUUUCUGGGAGAACGGUAUCACCUUUUUCACGAAUCUCGUUUACCUCGCUAUCCGAUACGCCACUGCUGGUGGAGAUGUCGCUGCUUUCGUCGGUCAUAACGCUUUCAUCCGAUGGACUGCUUUGCAAGAAGUCGCUUGGCUUGACGAUGACGGGACUACCAAAUGGUGGUCGGAGUCGCACGUGUCUGAGGACUUUGAGAUGGCCCUGAAACUCCAGAUCUUGGGGUACACCAUCAGAUUGGCUUCUUACCAUAAUGGAGAUUUCAAGGAGGGUGUGUCUUUGACGGUCUACGAUGAACUGACACGAUGGGAGAAGUACGCGUAUGGUUGCUCUGAGCUCAUGUUCCAUCCUAUUCGAUUUUGGCUGACCCGUGGCCCGUUCACGCCGCUGUUCCUUACCUUCAUCAGUUCGAAGAUCAAGGGUUUCUCGAAGUUCACCAUUCUCGCCUACAUUGGUACAUACUUUGCCAUUGGUGGAGCAUGGCUCUUGACUGUUGUGAACUACUUCGUCAUUGGUUGGUACAAGUACGCUGUCGACAAGUACUACGUCGACUCCUGGCAAAUCACCUUGUCAUGUUUGGUGGUGUUUUGUGCUGCUGGUCCAUUCUGUUCUGCAAUCUACAGAUAUCGUAUCGGUCAUGCAAGUCUGCUUCCGGCAUUGUACGAAAACUUCCGAUGGGUGCCACUUCUCACGGCGUUCAUGGGAGGUCUGUCGAUGCACGUCUCAUGGGCGUUGAUUUGUCAUUUGUUCUCGCUGCCUCUUUCCUGGGGUGCCACGGCCAAGGAGCUUGAGGCUUCUAAUUUCUUCAAGGAAGUACCCAAGAUCGCUCGCAGAUUCAAAUGGAUCUACCUCUGGAUUGCGGUUGGUGCGGCGAUGAUGAUUUAUCUAGCUUUCUUUGCGCCCUACAAAUGGCGGAUUGACACGGUUAUCGUCGUUCUUCCGUUGGUGUGGCAGUUGGUAUUCCACGCGCUUCUACCUAUCGUCCUCAACCCGUCAUUGAUGACUUUCCGUUUCUAAGGAGCUUAGAUGGGGAGGAACUUUGGAGUUUUGUCUUUUCUUCUAGCAUAUGGGUUCACUUCAUUCAUACCCUAUCAUACCGAAUAAAUCUAGACCAUUUUCGCAUAUCUCUAUCGUACCAUCAUAAACUUUACAAGUUCUUCUUGUUCUCCAAGACGAUGCGGUAAGUGGCCUUACCGUCCUCCAUAUCCUUGACGGCCUGGUUGACGUUCUCGAGGUCGUACUUCUGGACCCAGGACUUGACGCCGGACUUGGCCGCAAGCUCAAGCAUCUCGCGGAUGGUCUGGGGAGAACCGAUGAGAGAUCCGACGAUCUUGGCAUUGUUCCUGAUCAAAGCACCAGGACGGAGGGUAACACCCUCCUCGGGGAGACCGACGACGAUAAAGGUACCCCUGAGCUUGAGCAAACUCAAGUAGUCACCGAAGGGCAUGUCAGCCUCGG